GUUCUGGGCUUUAAGCCUUGGGCUAGAUGCACGUGCCUGACAUCUUCAUCUAGUAGAGGAAGACCAAAAAUGCGCCAUUGCUGACUGCAACUCUUUCUUCUCUUUGAAAUUUCCCAUUUAAACGCCACGCGACGCAUCUCCAGUAAUUUGUUAAAGUUGUCAUAAUCCAUUUAUAAUCAAAAUCUCGCUCAAAAUUCUCAGAUCUCCUCCAAUCUUCUACUGGUGGUCGAGUAUUAUUCUGGGCUCGAUCCACUGGAUCAGAGAUGCCGGUGGCUGCUUCUGCUAUUUAUUUCUUAAAUCUCCGAGGUGAUGUCCUCAUCAAUCGUCUCUAUCGCGACGAUGUCGGUGGAAAUAUGGUGGAUGCAUUUCGAAUGCAUAUAAUGCAAACAAAAGAACUUGGCACAUGCCCGGUGCGGCAGAUUGGAGGUUGCUCUUUCUUUUAUAUGAGAAUUAGCAAUGUGUACAUUGUGAUUGUUGUUAGCAGCAAUGCUAACGUGGCUUGUGCAUUCAAGUUUGUUGCUGAGGCUGUUGCAUUGUUCAAAUCAUACUUUGGUGGUUCAUUUGAUGAAGAUGCUAUCAGAAAUAAUUUUGUCCUGAUUUAUGAGCUACUAGAUGAAAUUAUGGACUUUGGCUACCCACAAAAUCUCUCUCCUGAGAUUUUAAAGCUUUACAUCACUCAAGAAGGAGUGCGCUCACCAUUUUCGUCUAAGCCUACAGAUAAACCUGUACCUAAUGCAACAUUACAAGUCACGGGUGCUGUUGGUUGGCGGAGAGAGGGCCUUGCUUAUAAGAAGAAUGAGGUUUUUCUGGAUAUUGUGGAAAGCGUAAAUCUUCUAAUGUCUUCAAAGGGUAGCGUUUUACGUUGUGAUGUAACGGGGAAGAUUCUUAUGAAGUGCUUCCUUUCUGGGAUGCCUGAUUUGAAGUUGGGUUUGAAUGAUAAAAUUGGUCUUGAGAAGGAGUCACAACUGAAAUCCCGACCCACUAAAAGUGGCAAAACAAUUGAGCUGGAUGAUGUUACUUUCCAUCAAUGCGUUAAUUUGACUAGGUUCAACUCAGAAAAGACUGUUAGUUUUGUCCCGCCAGAUGGCGAAUUUGAAUUGAUGAAGUAUCGUAUAACUGAGGGAGUUAAUCUUCCAUUUCGGGUACUGCCAACUAUCAAAGAACUUGGCAGAACACGGAUGGAAGUGAAUGUUAAGGUAAAGAGUGUCUUUGGUGCAAAAAUGUUUGCACUUGGAGUUGUCAUCAAAAUUCCUGUACCUAAACAAACUGCCAAAACAAGCUUCCAAGUGACAUCAGGUCGAGCCAAGUACAAUGCUGCAAUUGACUGCUUGGUUUGGAAGAUAAGAAAAUUUCCUGGACAAACUGAGCCAACCUUGAGUGCAGAAGUUGAGUUGAUUUCUACAAUGCAAGAAAAGAAGUCUUGGACAAGGCCACCAAUUCAGAUGGAGUUCCAGGUCCCCAUGUUUACAGCAUCUGGUUUACGGGUUCGUUUUCUAAAGGUGUGGGAGAAGAGCGGCUACAAUACAGUUGAGUGGGUUCGGUAUAUAACUAAAGCAGGCUCAUAUGAGAUUAGGUGCUAGAGACAGGGGAAUGCUACCGGGAGACAUCUAGCGAGGAAAUGGGGUAGAGAUGGAAUACUUUUAGGUAUUCUAGCCAAGUGGAAGGAACCACUGCAUAGAAGUUUUACCUUGUUGACAAGAAAAACAUGCAGGUGGAUUUCUUCUUGUGUCUAUUCUUUAUGUGUUGCCAGUAGUGUUGUCAAUACUAUUGCUUGGCGUGGAAGAUCGUUGUGCUGUAAAGGCUAAUCCCUUGUUAAAACAAGAUUAUCUUUUUUUUUUUUUUUUUGGUUUUGUUUUUUAAAUAUCUUUCAUAUAUUUUUCUAUGUUACAUCACAUCUGCUGCGUCUUGCCAUAGCAUAAGCUUUUGUUGUGAUUAAAUUUUUAAUGGAAUGUAUUUGGAUUCUGUUAUUAA